UUGCGCUCUCUGGACGCUGGCUGCACCAUUGCCAGCUGUUCCCCGGGCGUCGCUGCACCAUGGUCUCCGAAGAGGAGGAAUUGAAUCUUUUGGUCAUCAUAGUUGAUACCAAUCCAAUUUGGUGGGGGAAGCAAGCAUUAAAGGAAUCCCAGUUCACGUUAUCCAAGUGCAUAGAUGCUGUGAUGGUGCUGGGGAACUCCCACUUAUUCAUGAGCCGCUCCAACAAGCUUGCUGUCAUAGCAAGCCAUUUCGAGGAAAGCCGGUUCCUGUAUCCUGGGAAGCACGGCAGACUUGGAGACUUCUUUGGAGAUGCUGGCAACCCCCUUCCUGACUGCAAUCCCUCAGGGAGCAAAGAUGGAAAAUAUGAGCUGUUGACGGCCGCAAAUGAAGUGAUAGUUGAAGAGAUUAAAGAUCUGAUGACCAAGAGUGACAUAAAAGGCCAACAUACAGAAACUCUGCUGGCGGGGUCCCUGGCCAAAGCCCUCUGCUAUAUUCAUAGAAUGAAUAAGGAAGUCAAAGAUAAUCAAGAGAUGAAAUCAAGGAUACUGGUGAUCAAGGCUGCAGAAGACAGCGCGCUGCAGUACAUGAACUUCAUGAACGUUAUCUUUGCUGCGCAGAAGCAGAGUAUUUUGAUUGAUGCCUGCGUUUUAGAUUCAGAUUCAGGACUCCUCCAGCAGGCAUGUGACAUCACUGGAGGACUGUACCUGAAGGUGCCUCAGAUGCCGUCACUCCUGCAGUAUUUACUGUGGGUUUUUCUUCCUGAUCAGGACCAGAGAUCUCAGUUAAUUCUUCCACCCCCAAUUCAUGUGGAUUACAGGGCUGCUUGCUUCUGCCAUCGGAAUCUCAUUGAAAUUGGUUAUGUCUGUUCUGUGUGUCUGUCAAUUUUCUGCAACUUCAGCCCCAUCUGCACCACGUGUGAGACAGCCUUUAAGAUUUCUCUUCCUCCUGUACUGAAGGCCAAGAAAAAGAAACAGAAAACGUCCACGUGACUGAGAAACAACAAGUACAGUGCAGAUGUCAUGGCUUAAGGCCAUGCACAGGUGUUAUGGGGUCAGAGCUCCUUGGGAGCUCUGAAAAACCGGCUAUAUAUAGAAUAAUUUCUUGCAGGAAAUACUUGAAAAACUUAUCCUGUGUUUCUUGAGGCCCCUUUCUCAAGGGCAUCCUAUGCAGUAUGUCUUGAAACCUCCCCUGGUUAGUGUUUGUAUAGAAAUGGGGUAAAGCACAAAUUUGAUGAAUUUAAGGUAGCAGUCAGUUGUAUAGCAGAAGCCAACUGAUGACUUUGGCUUUGCUGGUGCUGGGAUUGGCACGGGGCCUGCUUUGUGCUUGGCAGGCAGGCAGGCAGGCACCCCACUGCUGAGCUUCAACAACCAGUCCGUUUAUUGUUUUGUUUUAAGUAUAUUUGCAAAAGUACAUUUGUGCAAAUAGAUUUAAGUUUUCUCUUUAGACCAUCUCAGAAGGUGAAUUUUAUUUAAAUAAUUUGGUAUCUGGUUGGUAAUUUCUAGUAGAUUUUGUAUUCUGCAUUUGCAGGAUUUUUAAUAAGUAUACAAGUAUUUUGGUGAUCACGUUGCAAUUAUUUGUUAAUCCUUGAGAUUGAGAAUCACUUUGUCCUUUAAAAAACAUUGACUAGGGGCUUGGGGCCAUGGCUCAAGUGGUAGAGUGUUGUUGAGCAAGCAUAAGGCCCUGAGUACCAACAGAAAAAUAAAGUAAAAGGAUUUACUGUUUCACAGACUGAAGGUAAUGAAUAAGUAUUUUCAGUCUAGGAAUGUUUUAUAGAUAAGAUGAAUAAUCUUUGAGACAAGCUGACAAGGCUUUGGUAUUUUUCAUUUGAAAUGUUUUAUAUUCUUGGUUCUGUUCAAGUCUUAUUUUUAACGUUUAUGAUGUAUUUUAUAUAAAUUUGCUAAUAAAAUAAAAUUUCAUAUUUG